GUCCCCCCCAGGUCGCGAGGAGGAGGAGGAGGAGGAUGAGGCGUGCGGAGGGGAAAUGGCUGCCGAAAACAUGCCGGAAGGGUUGAAGAGGAUAAGGAAUCCAGAGCGGAUAAUUAGAAUCGCUGUGGGAUACACAGGACACGCCCCUCCCAAGAGUGAUGACACUGACACCAACGGUGAGCCUGGCCAGUUGAAGAUCUACCUACCUAAGAAGCUGUUGGAGUGUUUGCCCAAAUGUUCCUCUCUGCCCAAGGAGCGCCACCGCUGGAACACCAAUGAGGAGAUUGCGGCGUAUCUGAUCACAUUUGAGAAACAUGAAGAAUGGCUGACGACAUCACCCAAGACCAGGCCUCAGAAUGGCUCGAUGAUCCUUUACAACAGGAAGAAGGUAAAGUACAGGAAGGAUGGCUACUGCUGGAAGAAGAGGAAAGAUGGGAAGACCACCAGAGAGGACCACAUGAAGCUCAAAGUACAGGGAGUGGAGUGUCUGUACGGCUGUUAUGUCCACUCCUCCAUCAUCCCUACCUUCCAUCGCAGAUGCUACUGGCUGCUCCAGAACCCAGACAUAGUGUUGGUACACUACCUGAACGUUCCAGCGGUGGACGACAGUGGGAAGCCGUGUGGGCCUGUCCUCUGCUCUAUCAACACAGACAGGAAGGAGUGGGCCAAGUGGAGCAAGGAGGAGCUCAUUGGACAGCUCAAACCCAUGUGUGCCGGCAGUAGCCUGCACCAGAAAUGCUCCACAGCCAAACACCGCAUUAUCUCCCCUAAAGUAGAAGCAAAGACAGGAGCAGGGGCUGGGACAGGGACAGGGGCUGGGACAGAGGUGCAGAACAGUGAUGUGUCCGAGGGGCAGACAGAGCCCAGUCCUGGAGUGGGGGCCAGGAGCAGAGGAGGGGGGGAGAGGAGGAACGGUAGGCUGCCCAAACCCUCCCUGCUACCCCAGAGCAGCAUGGAAGUCUCCUCCACAUCCACCAAUCAGGUGGAGGUUCCCGACACCACACAGAGCUCCCCACUGUCAAUCACCAGCGACAUUACUGCCGACAGUCCCACCCUCGGCCUGGCCAGCAGCCUAUCACAGAGCUCUGCUGCCGUGUUCAUGUCUGAGGUUGCCACAGUAACAGGGGAUUCCAUGUACACCACAGAACAUGCCCACCUGAUUGGCUCCACCCAUGACGCCACCACCGCUGGGAUUCUACUGGCUGUUGCCCCAGACACCCAGCGCUUUGAGUUCCCAGGGGGGGUGGGGUUAGGAGAGGAAGGGGGGGAGUUGGUCCUCUCCAGCAGUCUGGACUCCGGAGGUUCUGGAGUCAACCUUCCUGAGACCAGCAUGAACUUUGACCCAGACUGCUUCCUCAACAACCCCAAGCAGGGCCAGACAUACGGGGGAGGAGGGGGUAGGGCCGAGGGAGGUAGCUGUAAUGGUGAGGGGGGACUCCACUGCUCUUCACAGUCACUAACGGCUAACGGCUAUGUAUUCAACGCUGCUCUCGUAAACAUCAAGACCGAAGAUACUCCCCUGGAGCAGCCGCUGGCUAAUCAGAGCGGGUACGCUGACGAGGGGACGGGCCUGAGCCCUAGCACCACACUGGAGCAAAUGGACUUCAGUGCUGUGAUGUCAUCAGUCUGCGCCCAGAGCUUGGCACAGCAGAUACACCAACACUCCCCCAGUCUCUUCUUGCAGGCCUCCCCCCAGACCCCCCUUGCCCAGGCCACCCAGCCCCAGAUCUGUGCCUCUGAGACGGGCCAGGACUCAGGCGAGACCCAGGCUUAUCUGGGCCUACCUACUAUACCACAGACUGACUCUCCAGGCACCAACGGAGACCCUCACACACACCUCCACCAACCCUCCCCAGACCAACAUGGCCAUAGUGAGGAAAGCGAUCAGGGGGGUCUAGGGCUGGGUAGCUUUCCUGUGAGGGGGCAGGAGAUGAGAAAAGACCAGCUUAGCACCAGAGGGCCUGGGAAGGUGAGGAGCCCAGAGAAAGAGCCACAGAAGAGGGCAGAGUUACUCCUCAAUCCUGGGGAACGGAGUGAGGCCUACAGAAACAACACUGGUGUUGGGAGAGGUGGAGAGCACUACCUACAGCCAACAACCAAGAGUGGGGGAGUAGAGGGAGCACAGGAAAUAGGAGGAGAGAAUGAUAUUUUCUGUAACGGGGUCAGGGAUGCAGGAGUUAACAGCUCAGUGGUGGACAGUCCUCGGUCUCUAGCUGGAGCAGCCAUGGAGGGGGGGUUGUACAGCUCUACUCUUCCCCAGCCGGGUGUAGGGGAGGCUGGGGGAGCUGAGGGGGCAGGCGGGGGCAUCAGCCUGGAAGGCUUUGAGGCAUCGUUUGGGAACCAGUUUUCUGACCUCAUCAAUGACUUCAUCUCUGUGGAGGGGGGUGGAGGUGGGGCGGUGGCCGGGACAGGAGGCAGUGCACUCUACACCCCUGCUCUGAUGCCCCAGGAGGUGGUUGGAGAGGGCCAGGGGGCAGGAGCAGCCCCCAUUCAGGGUUCAGAGGUGGAACAGGGAACUCUGAGAUUGCUGCCAGAGACGGGGAGGCUGUUUGGGGUGACGGACUACUCCCCCGAGUGGUCUUACCCAGAGGGUGGGGUGAAGGUGUUGAUAACAGGUCCCUGGCUGGAGGCCAGCAGUGAGUACAGUUGUCUGUUUGACCACAUCAGUGUCCCAGCUGCUCUCAUACAGCCAGGAGUACUGCGCUGCUACUGCCCAGCCCAUGACACAGGUCUGGUGAUGCUGCAGGUGGCUAUGGGUGGGGAUGUGAUCUCUUCCUCUGUGGUGUUUGAGUAUAAAGCUCGAGACUUGCCCGCCCUGCCCUCCUCACAACACGACUGGUUGUCCCUGGAUGAUACCCAGUUCAGGAUGUCCAUUCUGGAGCGUCUGGAGCAGAUGGAACAGAGGAUGGCUGAGAUAACCAAUCACCAUCAGAGCUCCGAAACCACGGCAGCCACGGGGGGAGGUGGAGGGGCAGGUGGCACUGACCACCAGUCCCAGCUCUCCCCAGCCGAGGGUUCGUUUGAGGGCCGUGUGGUGGUGGUGUGUGAGAAGAUGAUGACCCGCCCCUGUUGGGUUUCCUCCAAUCAGCUGAUCCACAGCCGGAGUUCCCGGGGCAUGACCCUGCUGCACCUGGCCGCAGCUCAGGGAUACGCAGGGUUAAUACAGACUCUCAUCCGCUGGCGCACUAAGCAUGCAGACAGCAUAGAUCUGGAGUUAGAGGUGGACCCGCUCAAUGUCGACCACUUCUCCUGCACCCCACUGAUGUGGGCGUGUGCUCUAGGUCAUACAGAAGCAGCGCUGGUUCUGUACCAGUGGGACCCCAGAGCUUUGGCUAUCCCUGAUUCGCUGGGCCGCCUGCCACUCAGUAUUGCACGCUCACGUGGACACACUCGCUUGGCAGAGCUCCUGGAGCAGCUGCAACAGGCUCCUCCUACUCAGGGUCCGUCCACUAACACUUGGAUGGACAGGUGGAGCAGCGAAUCGGAGCCCAGUGGACAGAGGGAAAGCCCCGCCCCCAGCUCUAACCCAGACCUAAGGAGAACCAGGACAGAACCCCAGCAGAGCACCCAGAACCAGAGCCAGGGUCAGAGCUGGGCUCUCCAGGGCCAACCCCAGCUGCAGGGCCAACACCGGGGGCCACAGGACAGCCAGGGAGACCUACCACCAGCCAAGAGACUCAAACUCAACCAUGAGGCCCAGCAACAGCCAGCCAACCCCCCAAACCCCACACACACUCUCUCUCAUCCCCCCAACCUCCCACGCUCUCAACUACCCAACCUCAGCCCCCUAAACACUCACCCCCCCAGACCCAGCUCUAACUCCCCAAAUCCCCACUUCCCCAGCCCACCUCUGCAGGCCAGGUUAGGGGGGUCAGGGGGUGGCAGUAGGUAUAGCUUGCGGCAGGCUCUUGGGAGGCGGAGUUUGGCCAGGAGGAUUCUGGGAAAGGAGAGACUGGCCAAUCAUCUUCGUCAGAGGGGCGUAUCCACCAGGGGGGGGGAGGCAGAACUGCUGACUUAUCAGGAGAACAGUGAAGACCUGCAGAUGAACAUGAUGAUGUUGGCAGAACACAUCAUGGAGGCCACUCCUGACAGGAUCAAACAGGAGGGUUUUGUUGCCACGGAGACUGAGACGUCGCCCCCGGAGACCGUUGGGGUCAGUGGUGAUGUCAGCUGGUUGGCUAGUUACAUUGGUGACGUGGAGCGGUUUCUGUACUCCAGGCCCCAGAUGCCCACACCAAGCCCCAUACCAAGCCCCCUGUCUGGGCCUGAGGAUCAGGAAAGUCCCCUGGCUCCGCAAGGCCUCCCCUCCCCGGCCGACUGGAGCUCCUUCCUGCAUGCAUCACUCAGUGGAGAGGGCCCAGACACCAACCCUGCCCACCUCACACUGACAGAGGCGGAGCAAAGAGAACUGUACGAGGCUGCAAGACACGCCCACCACACCCUCAGAAAGUACAAGGGCCGGCCAAUCCAGGAGCAACGUAAAGAGACAGUAGCAGUGGUCCAGCGCUGCUAUAAGAAAUACAAACAGCUGUCAUGGAUAGCCUUGAAGUAUGCACUUUAUAAGAGGAUGACGCUGGCAGCCAUUCUGAUCCAGAGCCGCUUCCGCAGUUUCCACGAGCAGAGGAAGUUCCAGCAGAGCCGCCGAGCAGCAGUACUGAUCCAGCAGUACUACCGCAGCUACAGACACUCUCUCAGCAGUCUCCUCACUAAGAGACAGAACCAGGCUGCCCGUAAGAUCCUGAGGUUCCUGCUCCGAUGCCGCCACAGCCUCUUGAUGGACCAUAGACCAGUCAAACGGGGCAAGAGAGCAGAGAAGGGCCAGGGGUCCUGAGAGCCCACGACCCAGUCCAACACAGAGCCCCCUCAUCCUGUGAGCUCCUCUACACCCUUCUCUUCCCUCUUCUCCUCUCCCUUCCUCCCUCGGUCUCACACAGGGGCAACUCUCUUUUCCUCCCUCUCCUCAUACCACUCUCACAAUGUGACUACUUCACAGUCCACACUCCUCUUCUCCAAACAGAUUACUAACACUCAAACAGGAGGAUGAGGAGGGAUACAUGGCAACUAUAUCACUGAAACAACACAGAGACAACACUCCUCUCUCUCCUCCCUCUGUUUCUGUGAGACAAACGCUUCCCAAACAGACAGGGACACAUCAAUAUCUGGGAGACUGCUCUGAUGAACGUAUGGACCUGGCUCUGGCCACAGCAUCGCUUUACUUUCACCUUCCUCCAGAUCACAAGGAGGAAACUACAUUACCCUCACAGCAUUUUUGCACUCUUCACAGAUAUAUGUUUUCUUCAAGAGCAAAAGAGCAAAAGAUAAGGAUGCACCUGGAGAUACACAUUUUUUAAUCCAACGUGUUCGAUACAGAGAAUGGGAUGAUUGGUUUUCUCAUAUGGGCAACAUUUGCAUUGACAUGCAUAAUCUAUAUGGGACCUGUUGUAUUUUCUAUAUAAAUUAUACAUUUUAGGAAAGGAAAACAUAAACCAAAUAUCACUCCCAUGUCCUGUAUGCAUGCACUGUUUUUCACUAGCUCUUCUCCCAUGGCUUUUAUGGCAGUUUGCAAAGUCAAUGUGACAUCACCACACUCUGAUUGGCUGGCUGAACAUGUCAACCAGUCACCCAAUCACCCAAAGAGAAGUACUACACUUGAAUGUAAGAAGAACAUUAACAGAUAGGGGUUUGGGUGUAAAUAACAAUGUCUUAAUUUGUGAUAUUGACUUGUCUAUGAAGUUAUUCUCUGAGGCAGCAUUUUGCUAGCCUGAUGUGAGUCUGUGUUUGUUGAAUCUAAUGCAUGUGUUUGAGCUGUGAGCUCCUGCAUGCGAACAAAACUGUUGUUUAUUUUGUAUUUAUGUAUAGUGGUGUCUCACUUCUGUCCUCAUUGACAUAUCCCUACCCUGUGUUUAUAAUGUGCUCUAUGUAUGGAAAAUAACCUGGGUUUUCUGUUUUUAUUUCUGUUUUAUUUAUAUAUACAGUUGAAGUCAGAAGUUUACAUACACUUAGGUUGGU